AUGAGACAAGUUUUCAUAGCCGACAAGAGACAACAAAAAGAAGCCAUGGUGGAACUCAGCACGAUGCCCUUACUUGCUCUACGGGAAUCUGUUGAAUAUUACUUGUUUGAAACACAGUUCUUGGUUCUCUCAAUUCGACAUUUAACGUUGCACGUUUCAACGUUGGACCUCACAAGUGUUCCACUUUAUCACCCCCAUGAGUAA